AUGAGGUUGUAUGAAGCCCCCCCAUUACCACCGUUUUCUGAAGAAAAAUGCACCAAUGAGCUCGACAGGAUAUUAAAAAGCUCUCCCAAAGUAGCGAUACUCUUGAAAGGUAUCCAGACACUGAAUAAAGACGCUUUAAGAAGAGGAAUAACUUGUCGACCUUGUAUGGGUACGAACCAAGAAACACGUAUGGGAUAUUAUGAUGCCCGAUAUAAACGGGUAGUACUAUGCUGUGAUCACUUACGAAGCAAAAAAGAAAUUGAGGAUACACUGGUACAUGAACUAACGCAUGCUUUUGAUUCCCUGAGGAAAGGAAAGUUUAAAAGUAUCUGUCAUUUAAUUGCUUGUGGCGAAAUCCGUGCUAGUGCAUUAGGUCAGUGUGAAACUAUUGAGGACCCAUACAAAAAGAAGCAGUGCAUUUGGACAGACGCAGUAAGAUCAACAGAAAUUCAUUGUGGCACAGAACAAGCAGAGAAAGUAGUCAAAGAGGUCUUCGAAAACUGUGUCCAUGAUGAGACUCCCUUUAAAUAGACCGCUUCAUCAUGUAGUGUUUGAAACUACACUACUUUAAUAUUAGGAAACCUAUUUUACAAUUGGUUUUUUAAUGUGUGAAAAUAGAAAGUCUUUAAAUUUAAUAAAUCAAUUGGUGGAAACUAUCCAACGGAACGGUA